AUGAAACCCAAAAACUCUUCGAUUUCCAACGACCGCGAGCCCUGCAAGACGACCGCCGCCUCCUCCGCGCAUGCAAGGCCAAACCGGAAGUCCACCGCUUCCUCUGCCAUGGUGAUGAAACCUAAUGGGAAGUCUGCUGUUUCGUCUGUUAUUCUGAAGAAACCAAACGCCUCUACCGCUGUCUCCUCCGCGCAUGACGUUCAAGUGAUGUUCUUCAGAGAUGUGUCUCUCGGCCCAACAGAAGCGGUCUUGAGGUUUCGACUGGUUCAUUUCUGGGAGGCUCGAAAUCCAAACACGAAAACCCUCAUUGGACAGGAGAUGAUCCUAAUCGAAGAAGAGGGAACGGUUAUUCAAGGUUUUGUUCCAGCGGGGCGGGUUGGGACAUAUGAGCUGGAACCAGGUUCUGUUUAUAAACUGGGGAAUUUUUUCGGCUCGAGAAACAAAGCCUUGUAUCGGGUUACGGAUCAUAGUGCCACCGUUACGUUCGCUUGGAAUACUGAAUUAAAGAUUCUUGAUAACCCUCUGGUUUCAAUUCACGAAGAUAGGUUCAGGUUCCAUAGCUACGAGGAGUUUUAUGCUAACUGUGACCGCAAAGUUGAUCUUUAUGACUAUGUUGGCCAUAUGAAGCUGGUGAAUGGACAGACUAUCACUGAGCAUACGGUCCUCGACGAAGUUGACAUAUCAGAUAAGCGACAUCUAUGUGUUCAUGUUCAGACACAUGACGGACCAGUGAUGAAGCUCUAUCUAUGGGACAAGGCCGCAUCUGACUUCUGCGUGAAAUUCAAAUCUUAUGGAAGCACUCCGAGUGUUCUGUUGGUCACCACAGUAAACCCUAAACAUCUUGGAGGAACUCUUGCUCUCACUUCGAUGGCAUCAUCUCGAGUGUUUAUGGAUAGCGAUGUCCAGCCUAGCAGGGAUUAUCUUGGAUGGCUGAGCUCCAACUCAGAUAUUGCUAAUAAGAUUAAUGCAGAGGUUAUUACUAAGCCUGAGACAGCGACUCUAGAGGAGCUUUUCGCCUACAUCAAGCAGGAAACUGCUAAGGUUGCUUGGUUUGAAUGCACAGCAACUAUAGAUGAUGUUGUUCAAGGUUCUCCUUGGUACUAUAUUUCAUGCGGUGGGUGUAAUAGUAAGGCAGUCAAAGGGCCUACUUCACUGAUUUGUAACAACAAGAAAUGUGGGAAAAGUAUUGUUACAGGGGUAGCUCAAUACCUCACGAGGAUUUCGGUUUAUGAUAAGAGUGAACAUGCUGUUUUUGUCGUUCUUGGUGAUGCCGGUAAAGAGUUGCCUGGGAAGCAUGCAUCAAAGUUAGUUGCCAGUUACUUUGAGACCAAAGAGGGUGUAGAAGCUGAUCAAUGCGUGCCGGUGCCGCAAGCUCUCCUUGAUACGAUAGGGCACACUUAUAAAUUCAUUGUGAAAGUCUCAGAUCAUAAUUUGUCAGGGAAGACUCAAACCAUAACUGUCACAAAGAUAUUCCCACCAGAAGCUCCACAACCUAUAGCUCUUGGAAGAACACGCUGUUCCAACAACGUCUGGUGA